AUGAUUUCGUGGAUGUUCAAUUGUCUGUUUGAUUCAUUUACUCUGAUAUGCACUACAGUGAUCGGUUUACUGUUUUAUUAUUAUUCGACGUCCACGUACGAAACAUGGAGGAAAGCAAACGUGCCUCAUACGAAACCGGUACCGUUUUUCGGGAACUUCUUCAGAUCGACACUGGGGUUUGAAACCAUUAACGACACGUACCAUAACAUUUACGAACAAUUUCCGGACAAAAAAAUUUGCGGGUUUUACCAGAUGAGGACGCCGACUCUGAUGAUUCGAGAUCCGGAACUCAUAAACAACGUGCUCAUCAAAGACUUUUCGCACUUCACAGACCACGGGCUCGAUAUGGACCCUUCUGUAAACUUUUUGGCGAGCAGUUUGUUCUUCACACGGGGCCAGAAGUGGAGGAUCAUGAGACAAAAGAUGAGCCCGGGAUUUACGUCCGGUAAACUCAAGCUGAUGCACAGUCAGAUUAAAGAUUGUAGCAAAGAGAUGAUUGAUUAUAUCGAUAGGAAAUCGAAGACGACUGAUGAGUUCGACGUGCACGAUAUCAUGAAUAAAUACGCCACUGAUGUAAUUGGGACUUGUGCUUUCGGUUUGAAAUUAAAUAGUAUGACAGACGAAGACAACGAAUUUCGCAAAUAUACAAAAUUGUUAUUUAAACCAUCGUUUAGGUUAAUAUUCGCCAACAUGUUGUCAUUGAUUUCACCAAAAAUCUCGAAUAUUUUAAAAAUAAAAAUGAACUCACCAGAAGUUAUGGAAUAUUUUACUUCAUCAUUUCAGAGUGUAAUCGAGUACAGAGAAAAGAACAAUAUAGAGAGAAACGAUGUGGCACAAACACUUAUGCGAGCUAGGAAAGAACUAGUACUAAAUAAUAACUCGUAUCCUGAAGAGAAAUUUACAGAAAUGGAUAUUAUUUCAAAUGCAAUUUUAAUGUACCUUGCUGGUGCUGAACCGGUAUCCGAUACGUUAGGUUUUUGUUUACACGAGUUAGCGAUGAAUAAACAUGUACAAUAUAAAUUGCGUGAACAUAUCAUCAUGAAGAGAAAAGAACACGGUGGUGAAUUUACUAACGAUUAUUUGAUGGAUCUUCAUUACGCUGACAUGGUUUUAACAGAAACAUUGCGCAAGUGCAACGGGACGAUUGUUUUAUUUAGAAAAGCGACUAAGGCUUACCAAGUCCCAGACUCGUCAUUAGUUAUUGAAAAAGGCCAACAAAUAAUAAUACCGACUUAUAGCAUUCAUCAUGAUCCAAAAUAUUAUACCAAUCCUGACGUUUUUGACCCGGAAAGGUUUUCUCCGGAAGAAAAGUCAAAACGACCUAAUAGCACUGAAUUGUUAUUUGGGGACGGACCGCGUUUUUGUAUAGGUAAGCGUUUGGCCGAAUUGGAAAUGAAAUUAGGUUUGUCAGAAAUAAUUUCGAAAUUUGAAGUUUUACCGUGUGAAAAAACUGAAAAUCCCGUUCAAUUGGCUAGUGCUGGUGGUGCUAUUAGACCAAAGAAUGGAAUUUGGUUAAGUCUGAAACCGAUCGUGGCCUAA